AUGCCUCGACUCGUGCGACGCCGCCCUCUCUGGGAGCGCGUCACGUCCAUGUUGAAUCCCAUGGAUUACCUCUUGUGGCUUUCCGAAGAGAUAGAAACGCGGGAAUGGGACACGAGCCUGGUUGGAACACAAGCUGGCUUGGGGCUCAACUUGCUCUUUCUCAUCGUACGAGCAAACUCGGGCUCCAAGAGGGCGAGUGACGACAUUUUUGGCGACGACGGCUCGGCAAGCUGGCUGUCAAUGCUUAUGUACCCCCUGUGCUGGGCCCUGGUGGCAAUUUCGAUUUCCAACGCCGUCUACACUGUCUCUCGGACGAGGAAAUACAGACUAUUCGAGGCCGACAUCGACGAAAAGCCAAGUACACCCUCCGUCAGACGGGUGCGAGUCCAAUCCUCCCCCACAGCCUCCACGUCUCUGCGCCUCAUUUCGGAUUUGAUGUCGGCAGACACAGCCGAGUCACGAGCCCAUCCUGAAAAGAGCCGAGACGUUUGGGAGUUGUCCAUCUGGGAUCCUCUCCCUGUGUGCAUUCGGCUACUGUGCUUGUUCAGCCCUGGACACGUGUUGAUUUAUUUCAUCUUCCUGCCGCUGGCCCCGUUGGAUCCGCGUCCCAGCGUCACGGUGUUGAAUACGUUGGUCAUGCAAAUUGUCUUGUCGGCCCAGAUGUUUCUGCUGUCCUCGAGAUAUUCGCAAAAGGCCCAAGACAGCCAAAUCCUCCAGAAGGAAGUAUUUCACGAGUACGACACAAAGUUUGUACAACCACGCAUUCAUCCAAUCGUUAGGGAUGCUGGCACACAAUUGUCCGAGGAUCAGCCCGUCUAUGCAAAGGACCUCGUGCAGGUCGGCACGCCUACGACACUCAUCAGACGCUCCUUUAUUAGCCAUGGAAACCCUCAUGUGGAAUCGGAGGAACCUACACCCAUCCGUCCGUUCAGUAGCCCUCACAUAAGCGCCGGAAACGUCAUGAAGCCGCAAAUGUUUACCCCUGGUACGAGCAGCAGAAGGUCCGAGAUAUUCACCCCUGCUGCGGGCAGCAGAAGAUCCGAAAUAUUUACCCCCGGGAUCCAGAGCAAUCGAUCAUCUGGUCUCCGUCACAGCUUGCCGGCUGCCUGUACCCCGACUGCGGCGGAGACACCCGUAGCCCGAACACAGACUCCAACCGCUCCCCCGUCGACGGUCAGCAUGGGGACCUCGACCAGCAUCAACACUAAAUUCGGAGGAAACCCGGCUUUCUACUCGUACAAUGCAUCGCCUUUGAAGAAGUCCGUAAUCACGGAUGACAUCCGUCACCACGACCAUCCCUCGCCUAGAAACUCCAGAGAAAUGGCAGCGUUUGAACAGCGAGGCUAUGAGCCACCAAGCAGCCCGACGAAACAGCCUGAUCAGAGGAGGCUUACGAACACGAGCAUCAAUAGCUCCCCGCAUCCUUUUGCCAACAUGGGCAAGCAUUCUGCCGGGGAGCGCUUCCCAAAGCGGUGGCUAGGCUGA